UCGUCUAUCCUAUUGGUUAAUAUAAUAUAAACUCGCUAUCAUCUAACCAAUCAGCAUUUAGGUCAUAUUAGACUUAUACUAUAAAUAUUAGUAUUUGAGAUGGAGACCGAAAAGAACAAUGGAGAAAGGUCCUUUAGAAAAAUUUACUAAGGAAGAAACUAUUAAACUAAGAAAACAUUAUAUUGGUGGGUCAUGUACGUUAUUUUUUAAGUCAGAUCCUCUUAAAAUAGUAAGAGGAGAAGGGCAAUAUAUGUAUGACGAAUUUGGCAGACAAUAUCUAGAUUGCAUAAAUAAUGUUGCUCACGUUGGCCAUUGUCACUCUCACGUCGUACAGAAGGGAGCCGAACAGAUGAGUUUAUUAUACACUAAUAACCGAUAUCUUCACGAUAAUAUUGUCGAAUAUGCCCGACGUUUAACAAGUUAUUUUCCUAAUAAACUUUCAGUCUGUUUCUUCGUUAAUUCUGGAUCCGAAGCCAACGACUUAGCAUUAAGAUUAGCCAGGAAUUACACAAAACACAAAGACGUUAUUGUAAUCGAUGACGCCUACCAUGGACAUUUAACGUCAACGACCGAUUUAAGUCCAUACAAGUUUAAGAAAAUCAGUGGAGGACAUAAAAAAUGGGUUCAUGUGGCUGACUUACCUUGUUCUUAUCGUGGAAAAUAUACUAAAAAUGAAUAUUCGGAAGAGGAAAUAGGAAAAUUGUAUGCCAACGAUAUAAGAGAUCUCAUUAAUCAAGUGCAUAACAGAGGUAGAAAUAUUGCAGCAUUUAUUGCAGAAUCUAUGAUCAGUUGCGGAGGACAAGUCAUUCUUCCUAAGAAUUAUCUAAGAAAUGUUUAUAGAUAUGUAAGAGAAGCUGGAGGUAUUUGUAUUGCUGAUGAAGUACAGACCGGAUUUGGAAGAGUUGGGAAAUCAAUGUGGGCAUUUGAAUUACAAGGAUCGGACAUCGUUCCUGAUAUCGUAACUCUUGGUAAACCAAUUGGUAACGGUCAUCCCGUAGCUGCUGUUGUUACGACACCAGAAAUAGCUAAAAGCUUCGAAGAAAUAGGAGUUGGAUAUUUUAAUACUUACGGUGGUAAUCCCGUUUCUUUAGCUGUAGCUAAUGCUGUACUAGACGUUAUUGAAAACGAAUCUUUAAUGAGUCAUGCUACAAAUGUCGGAAAUUAUUUAUUAAAAUCUUUCAAGGACAUGAUGAAAAGGCAAUCUAUAAUUGGUGACGUCAGAGGAGAAGGUUUGUUUAUCGGGAUUGAAUUAGUUAAAGAUAAGAAAACAAAGGAGCCAGCAACUGAUGAAGCGAAAUAUGUUAUCUCUAGACUAAAGGAAGAAUUGAUAAUAAUGAGUACAGAUGGAAUAUAUGAAAACGUAUUAAAAUUCAAACCCCCUAUGGUAUUUAGCAUAGAUAAUGCUAAACAUUUAUUAACCAACUUGGAAACGAUUUUAACAGAAUUAUACGAGAUAAAGAGCGACGAUUCUAUAUCUUUAUACGAAGAAACAUCCACAGAUGAAGAAUUAUCAUCUCCAGAUUUGUAGAUAUUGAUAUAUUUCUCCUAUAUUAGGAGAUUGUAUAUAAGUUUUAUUUUAUCAGAUUAAUAAAACACGUGUUCGUUUUUUAUAUAUUUGAUUUUU